AUGACGGAAAACACGUGGAGCAUUUACAAGGUCAUCGGCCGUGUGAGGCGUACUAUCAACGACGGCAUCAAGAACGCACGGGUGGGACAACCGUUGGCCAGUGAAUACCAAAGACUUGCGCCCGAUCAUAACUGCCCAGUCGCCGACGACGAUGAAGCGACCACGAUCGCGCCAGACAACGGGCGCGGCAAGGCUGAAGAAGCCGGACUCGACAACAUCCAAAACCCGCGACCCUUCCGACGGCGCAGUCUGGCACGGUUCUGGCUCCUGUUCUCAGCAUCCGUCGCCACGGUGCUGCUGAUCCUGACGGCCGUCGCAACCAUCCUGCAAUCCCAGCCACAAGGCCCGAAAACAGCGACGACAACGGGCUUGCAAAAGCCCGCCAAGCUCGGCCUACACUGCGGCCGCAGCCUCGCGGAAGCGAAAGCCCAGGGCUGCGAAUUCGACCUCCUGAGCUACAGCUGGACGCCGUCGCGUUGCUACGAGCGCGACACAGACCUAGAGUUCCGUGAGUGGGUGCACCGUCCCGAGCGCCAGUUCGGCCCUUUCCCUUUCUUCAUCGACCAGAAUGCCACGGCGCAUAUCACCGACGAAGAGUCCCUGUCCUUCCGGGCCGCGCCGGGCUCGUUGGCCCACACCUCCCAGGAGGAGCACCUGGGCCACUGCAUCUUCUGGAUGAGGCGCAUCGAGCGCAUCCUCGAGGGUAAAGGCCGGUUCACGGAGAGAGGCGACGGCGUGCCCCACGCGUUGCACUGCACCAAGAGUCUGCUGGCGAGGCUCGAGGGGGAGAAUCCGAAAGAUAGGAACGAGCUGCAUGCUGUGAUUGGGGUUGGGUUCAAUACUUGCUGA